AUGGCGUCGCACCUGUCGUCCAAGCUCUCGAAGCAGGCGCUCACGUCGACGUCGAUCCCCAAGUCGGUCCAGUCGAUCCUCGGCCAGGAGCUCCUGCCCAUGGCGCUCCGGCUCUCGGGCCAGCUCCUCCUCGGCAUCGCGCGCAUCUACAGUCGUAAGACCAAGUACCUCCUCGACGACGCCCAGGAGACGCUCCACAAGGUCAAGAAGGCGUUCCAG